AUGGAAACAUUAGCUGGAGUGUUAAAUGCUCUCAUAAAUACUACAAUAAACAAGGAUAACGAAGAAAACUUAAUGAAUGUUAAACUUAUUGCAGGAGUUUUGAAGUUCAGUUAUGCAAAGGAGUUUAAGAUAACACGAAUGAGUCAUAGAGUUCAAUUGCUUCUGGGUGCAUACCAUAUGACAUUUCCUUUGAAAAGUGUUGACAAAACGAUUGAGAUGAAAUCUGUUCCAUACGUAUGUUAUGGCAAUUGUUUAUACAUUGAGUCUAAAAUAGCUAAUGUCACAGGCAUUUCAGGAGUUAAUAGUAAAGGUUCAGUAGAAUAUAAAUCCUUCUGUUAUGCAGUCAAUUCAAUGUUCAUUCCAAACGUUCCUGUCAUAGCAACUCAUUUAGGUAAAUGGAUUCGCAUUAGUCCUCAUAAUUUGAAAGACAUGCAAUUCAGACUUGUUGACUUUCAAGGAGAGCCUGUAGAACUGAAGGCACCAGUGCGAAUGACUGUUGAAGUUGACUUUUUAGAAAAUAUUAAAUGCAACAGCUUACAAGAGAACUCAGAGCUAAAAAUAUAA